AUGAGUCGUUCUCCUUCAUUUUCAGUGAAGUCAGAACUUAGUCCAAAGCUUGAUCCAGAAUCUUUGCAGCAAUGGGUUGUGGCCUUUUGUAUUAUCAGGUUCGAUCUUGAACAAGGUCAGCUCAUUGAAGAGUGCUACCCACCUGGUUGUCUUACACAAGACGAGGAGCUUGAAGUUGCCUUCAGUUCAUUCCCAGAUUCUGUUUCCCAGCAUCAGAACCGCUCAAGCAUCCAUGAUUGUAUAUUCUUUUUCCGGUUUCGAAGGCGAGGAAGUUCUCAAAUUGACGCAUCCUCGACUGAGAUGACUGAAAUUGAUAAGAAGUUAACUCCCAAGUCCCCAGCUGUAAAAGUCCUUAGAAGGUCAAAAAGUAACAACGAUUCUAAUGAUUCAAGAUACAUGUAUGGAUAUGUUUUUAAUAGACAGAGACAUGAUGAGAGGUUAAAACGAGGUGGAGAGCAGAAGUCUGUGGUGAUUUUGUCGCACAGUCCUUACUCUAGUGUAUUUAGACCUUUGUUACAAAUCAUGGGUCCUCUAUAUUUUGACAUUGGAAGGAAAGCUCUUGAGCAUAUCGCUGCUUAUGUUUCAAUGUGGCCUUCUCCUGUACCUGGUAAGCUUAUGGAACUUCCUAUUGGGAAUGCUGCACUGAAAGUGAACUUGCCACCUGCACAUAGCUUGCCCUCAGAAAAUGGAAUGUUGUUUGAAGAGUCUGCAUCCUCUAUGGCUCCUUUCCUUCCUAAUAACCAGUCAGUCCCACAAGGUCUUUUUCAUGACUCAGAUCUGUUUGGCAUCUUCAGGGGUCUGUUAUUACAGCUUUGGGUUUUGUGGGAGUUGUUACUUAUUGGUGAGCCCAUGCUUAUCAUAGCUCCAACUCCUCCACAAUGCAGUGAGGCUGUGGCUGGUCUUGUGAGUUUAGUUGCACCUCUACUUUGCAGUGUGGAUUUUAGACCUUAUUUCACCAUCCAUGACCCUGAAUUUGCCCACCUCAACUCCCUUCAAGAAGGAGACACCUUUCCACCUAUGAUUUUGGGUGUAACUAACCUGUUUUUCCUUAAAUCCCUUCGUAAUAUGCCCCACGUUAUUUCAGUUGGAAGCCCUGCUCCUAAUACAAACCGACUUCCCCUUGCAACUAGGUCCUCUACUGGAAGAAUUUCUCGUAUACCAGAAGGAUUUGGUUUUCAACAGCUUUCCUUGAAGAAGUUCUCUCCUUCAAAUUUAUUGAAUGCUGUGAAGUUGAGGAGAGAUGGUCCUCUUUGUCUCAUGACGGAACAUAAGGAAGCCAUUUGGAGCACUUACUCUGCAACAACUAAGCCUGACACUUCUAUCUUAAAUAGGCUAAUAGAUGCUGGGAUGUCACCAAGGGUUGAGGAAUCAAUGUCAGUUGUUAACAAUGAGAUAUUGCGCCGGCAUUUCCUGGAGCUCACCACCAACUUUUUGGCACCUUUUGGCCCAUAUUUUAGGACUAGAACACCGUCAGAAGGAUCUUCUCCUUUUGUAGACCCUCCUCCUCUCAUUCCUUUUAAUGCUGAUGAAUUUCUGGGAAGUUUAUCAGCAAGAGGACCUGGGAAGUUUGUAUCAAAGCGAAUGAGAUCUAAUUGGCUGGACUUAUACCGGCGAUUUCUAGAAGGGCCAAACUUUACACCAUGGUUUCAAAGAAGGCGUGCCGUUGCUGAACAGGAACAACAUAGACUGUGGAGGCAGGCGAGAAUGAAGACUGACAUACAACAGUUAAUAUCUAAAAUGUCUGAACUAGAAAUUGUUGAUUCCUUCAAUGCUAUUGAGAGACAUAUUCUUGAAGAAAUACAGCUGGACCAAUCUGGAAGGGCUUCUACAGACUCUGGUGCAACUUGCCAAAAACUAAAGGGAGAUCUGCAGUCAGUUUUCAAUGUACUUCCCAAGGACAUGCAGCAACUUCUACUUUUCAAUCCACAAAGGGCAGCUCUUCUAAAAGGAGCUCCUGAACAUACAAAACUUCCUGGGCGCCCGCUUAUACAAGUUGGGGUUGUGUCGUCAACUUCACCAAGAUUACUUCGCCGACUUCAAGAUCCAUUUUUCUACCAGAUGUGCCAGAAUCAAAUUUGGGUCGUUUAUAAAUCAUGGGAACUCAGUACUUGA